UGUGUGUGUGUGUGUGUGUGUGUCCGCCGCCACCACCACCGCCGCCGCGUGGAAAUAUGACCUGACAGUAAUGAGGAAACAACCAACAGAGGCAACUUUCCACAAUUCAGAGAGUCGAGUGAAACGUUCGUCGAAAACUUCUGCAGAAAAUUUUUAAUUAAAAGUGCACACAAAAGAAGAAAAAAAUGAAGGAUAAAAAAUUAAAAAGAUCCUCUGGUUGGUAAUUAAAAACUUUAAGUAACACAAGGUUGAACUUUCCUGAUAGAAGUCAAACGUAGGAAAGAAAAGAGUCCUGCUAGCUGCUAUCAGGACCCGCAACACCGCCCACCCUAUACACUCACUUCCACCAAACCCUUAAAUUUUAAGACUACCAUGAACAGUAACACUACGGCGUUCCCUUCAGCGGGGUCGUCGAAAAUAGACUCCGAAUCCUUCCCUACACCAACAAACCCUUAGCGGGCGAAGAGUUCCCUAAUUGAAAAGUGACUCAACUUGGAGACAAUUUGGCAGCCGUCCAGAAGCCACCACGGUCAUUCCAGAGGACUAUUAACGGAUUUGGGGAGCUUUUAAACGACUCUUUGCGGCUUUUGACAGAAAAUAAAGGCCUUGUACGGCUUGGCUAAAGCUUAAAAGUGUCUCAGACGCUUUCACACAAUCUGGAAUACAAUAUAACGACCUCAAGUGUGAUAUGAGGGUGGAGGGUCCACAGCGGAUGUGGAAAUUGAGUGUGAGCCCCAUGCAAGGAAGACGGCACCGCAGUACUCCCCGUCAAGACCCCAUGCAGCAAGAAGGGAGGCGGCGUCGCUCCAAGAGUCUCCACGGCGAGGAGAUAUACGCUGGCGGCAGAGUGGGGCGGGAGGACGGCCUCUCCACCACUAACAACGCCAUGAAGCAAGCCCUGACCCACGGGGCGGCGGGGAGGAGAAGGUCACCGCGCGGGGAUGUGAUGGGAGGCGGGCGGUCCAGCAGCAGCGAAGGGGGCGAGGAGCGACGCAAGCCUCACUCACUCCCGCCCCUUGCUCAGAAGCCCCGUAGCCCCGUCAUUGCGGUGAGUCCGCUGGAAAAUGACUUAACGUCGCGCUUCAUUGGAUCGCCGCCGCCUUCAGGACUUCGACGAGACGAGAGCGGCGGUGGCCUCAGCGUGAGCAGCAUUGGGGAGGAGGAGAGCAGUGGCGAAGAGGAGCGCACUGUGUACAGCCCGUCCGAACUUGAGCUAUCCCAUCCUAAGAUCACCCUCAAUACCGCUCCCCGCCGAGUGUCUCCUCCCCCGCCACACGCCAUCGUGGCCGCUGAGGGCAUCAUUGCGCCCACCACCGCGUCCUCCAUCACCCUCCGCUGCUUGGCAUCAGCCGCCACAGAGACGCUCGCCCUACGCCAGGCCUUAACGCCGCCACCGAAGCUUGUCAGCUAUCGGUCCCAAGGCGGAGCUGACGCCGUCCAGGAAUGGGUGCCAGACGAGGACGGCGUGGGGUUGGCAUCACCUCCUCGUAAAUGCUCGUCACCUUCUAUAAGGGAUCUACCCUCACCCCUCUUCGGCCGCAGCGCUUUGGAUCGCCCACCCCCGACACUCGCGUCUGCACGCAGAAGUAGAUCAACUGUCAAACUAACGCCCAUCAACAAAUCGUCUUAAUCAGUCGUUAUUUUUAAUCCCAACAUUGAUGUGGACGUGGCCUUCCAUAUACCUCAAGUUUAAUAAUGAUGUGGUUGUGAUUGCCUAUACCAAAUGUGUUGGUUUUGCUAGGAUGAAUUGAAAUGUGUCAGAUAGAAUUAGGCUGUACCUAGUAAACCGUGCGAAAGAAGGUUUUGUUGCAAAAUGUAACAUCAAUGAUAUUGGUUCUCAGAGGUUAUUUGAGUACUUUUAGAAAGAAAAGAUGCACAUAGACAAUGUGACGUGAUGAGAUGCUAAUGUGUGUCACGGGAUACGUUGCUUAUAAUGUGAUACAUGUCAAUAGUAAAAUGAAGUCUUUUUUGUGUGUGUGUGUGUUAAGUUUCAACUUUGAGUUGGCCGCAAUGUACGUAAGUCAUUAAGUAUCUCGUCGAUAAAUAUCAGAAGAAAAUUCUGGUUUUAUACAACUUCGUCAGAAUAUCAUACAAAGCUAAAUGUUUAUCAAAUGACAUUAACCGUUUGCUCUCUUUAUAGUUACAAUCACUGACCGUGACAUUUUUUUACGUGACAAUUUCAGUGUGUGUGUCUGGUGUACGUAUACCUUAGAAAGCAGGAUUUUUUUUAUAUGUUGAUAGACCAAUGAUACAUGGAAGUAAUUAAGUGAGUCACAAUGCUUUGAGAACUUUCCCUUUCAUCUUUCCUCUAAGGGGCGCUUCCCAGAAAACAUUUCCCUCCAACAUGUGGACGCGGUCAUACUGUUGCGUAACCUUGAUAGAACUUAAUGAAGUUUAUCCACGAAAUUAAGCAAAUUUGUGAAGUGCUACACUGAGUUCCCUUAAAUGUAGUGAGGGAAUUUGAAAGACGAGGCCAUCAUUUCCCGGCCACCGGCGUCCAGGCCUUGUCUUCAGGGACCAAUCAAAGGUUCAGUGACUGUGAAGGCUCUGAGAGCAAUUUGUGUAGAACUAUACUCUAAAUGUGGUAGUAGUAGUAGUAGUAGUGAAAGAUAGAUAACAAACUUAGUGUAGCUACUAUCGUGAGUAGUGAUAGUUAGGAUGAUAGUGGAGAUAAAUGUAUUUCCUAUUUUCUGAGAGAGAGAGAGAGAGAGAGAGAGAGAGAGAGAGAGAGAGAGAGAGAGAGCCCAUAUAAUCACGAACAUAGGUAUUAUCAUGUACAUUUAUAUACAUUACAUGUCUUCGUAAGUAUGUAUGCAUGUAUGCAUCGUGUACUCACAGCCUUCACUGUAAUUACCGGGGCUGAAUGAUACAGAUAUCCAGACACACGUGGCGCAAAGGGACAGCAAUUUGGCUGGCUCUUCCAGUUGUAUUGAAUGGAGACAAUUCAUACACUCAAUACUCGUGGUUGUUGCUCGUCCAAAGCAUGCAGAUUUGUUAUUCCGGACUAAGUUAUUGCCAUUGAAAACUCUGCUCCAAUAUAAGAAGUUCGAGCACAAUUAUUGCCCAGACGGUGUUGCAUAUUGUAAAACAAUAAAUAUAUGUACAGUUAUAGUAAAUUAACAUAUUAAUCAUC